AUGGAAAAAAUCAACCAAACCAGCAGUGUCUCUGAGUUCAUCCUCUUGGGACUCUCCGCCAGGCCCGAGGACCAGAAGCCCCUCUUUAUUCUCUUCCUCACCAUGUACCUGGUCACCAUAACAGGGAACCUGCUCAUCAUCCUGGCCAUCCAUACUGAUCCCCAGCUGCAGACCCCCAUGUAUUUCUUCUUGAGUGUCCUGUCUUUUACUGACCUUUGCUUCACCACAACCAUCGUCCCCAAGAUGCUAGUCAACUUCCUGUCAGAGGUGAAGACCAUCUCCUACGCUGGGUGUCUGACACAGAUGUAUUUUUUUUAUGCUCUGGGUAACACUGACAGCUGCCUUCUGGCAGUCAUGGCCUUUGACCGCUAUGUGGCCAUCUGCGACCCCUUCCACUACGUCACCACCAUGAGCCACCGCCGCUGUGUCCUGUUGGUGGCCUUCUCCUGCUCGUUUUCUGCCCUCCACUCACUCCUCCACACAGUUCUGCUCAAUCUUCUCAACUUCUGUGGCUCCAAUGUGAUCCACCACUUCCUCUGUGAUAUAAACCCUCUGCUGAAGUUGUCCUGCUCCUCCACAUUUGUCAAUGAAAUUGCGAUCAUGAUUGAAGGCCCCGUGGCUUUGGUGACCCCCUUUCUCUGCAUUGUGUUCUCUUACAUGCACAUCCUCGUUGCGGUUCUCAAGAUGCCUUCAGCUACUGGGAUAUGCAAAGCCUUCUCCACCUGUGGUUCCCACUUGACGGUGGUGGUCCUGUUUUAUGGCAGCAUCUUCUAUGAAUAUUUACAGCCCUUGUCCAACUACUCUGUUAAAACCCGUGUGGCUACGAUUGUCUACACAGUUCUGUCCUCCAUGCUAAACCCCUUUAUCUACAGCCUGAGAAACAAAGACAUGAAAAGAGGUCUGGGGAAGCUGAUGGGCAAGAGGAAAUCCUAG